CAUACUGCAGCUGGACGCGUCAAGUGCGAAUAGUGUUGGCGACCACGUUGUUGUGACUUUCGGUCGUAUUUUGUCUUCAAAUAAUGACAGUCAAUCACGGCGGUCUGCCAUGCGAAGACAUUAAAAGAAAUCCAUCAACAUUGUACUGGCUCCGCUUGUGGGCUACUUCUCUUCCAAAAGGCAGUUGCUAGUGUGCAUGCUGUGUUAGUGAGCCUGACGUAACGCGGCAGUGGGGCUGGUUCUCUCCCACUCUGCCUGCCUGCAUUCAUAAACGGAUAUGAUAAAGCCGUGCUGAAUACACAACGGUCAGCUCUCACCAUGGCGGAAGAGGACGACGCGAGGAUUCGGAUUCUACAGAGCCUGCGUGGUAAAAUAUGUGCAGCUAAAAACCUGGGUCCAGUACCAAACCGACAAAGAGAUCUUUGUACCUUUUGCACCGUCAGCCUGGAUCAGGAAGAGGUGUUCCGAACCAAGGUGUUUGAUAAAAGUGGCAGCCCUUUCUACGGUGAAGACUUCUACUUUGAGAUUCCACGGCCAUUCCAGGGUUUAUCAUUUUAUGUUUAUGCCAAGAGUGUUUUCCAAAGGGAUUUACCAGUUGGUAAGGUGUCAAUUCGAAAGGAUGACUUGUGUAAAUACAAAGGGAAGGAGCAGUGGUUUAGCCUUCAGCCGGUAGACCCAAACUCGGAGGUUCAGGGUAAGGUUCAUCUAGAGAUGAGACUGAAUGAAGUGAUCACAGACAACGGCUCAGUGGGUCAGCAUUUACUUGUGCAAAUAAUAGAGUGCCAGGGACUGCCGCUAAUCAGUGGACAAAUCUGUGACCCUUAUGCCACUGUGUCACUAGUUGGACCUGCCAGGUCUGACCAAAAGAAAACAAAGGUCAAGAAGAAAACCAGCAACCCUCUUUUCGAAGAGACUUUCUUCUUUGAGGUCACACGGUCUAGCAGUUACUCCAAAAAAUCUCAUUUCCAAGUGGAGGAAGAAGACAUCGAAAAGCUCGAGCUCAAAGUUGAUUUAUGGAAUAAUGAGAAUCUGGCUCAAGAUGUGUUUCUGGGGGAAACACGGGUGCCUGUCAAGAUCCUGCGAAAUGACCACAUCCACAAAGCGUGGUACCUUCUUCAACCUAAAGGGAACGGAAGCAAGUCAAAAUCUGAUGAUUUGGGAUCGUUGCUGUUAAAACUGGCCUACGUAGAGGACACAGUGCUGCCAUCUGCCUGCUACAUACAACUCUGCAAUUUGCUGCUCAAAUCUCCGGAUGUGAAGCCCAUCUCUGCAUCAUCAGCACAUAUCCUGGGGGACAUUUGCCGAGAGCGAUACGAAGGCGUUCUGCCCAUGGUUCGACUGCUGCUGCAUCAUAAUCGCUUUGUGCCUUUUGUCUCUGCUGUGGCAGCAUUGGAGUUGGACAACACUCAGGAGGCAAACACUAUCUUCCGUGGCAACUCACUGGCAACACGUUGCAUUGAUGACAUGAUGAAGAUUGUGGGAAAGAAUUACCUCGCCGUUACGCUGAAGCCCGUCAUAGAUGAGAUCUGUGAGUCCAAUAAAACAUGUGAGAUUGACCCCAAUAAACUAAAAGAAGGGGACAAUGUGGAAGUCAACAAGGAGAACCUCCAGGUUUAUGUCCAGAAAGUCUUCUCCUCAAUCACUCAGUCAAAUGCCAACUGCCCUCCAUCAAUGUGUGCCGUCUUCAGGUCAUUGAGACACUUGGCCUGCAAGCGUUUUCCAGCUGACCCUCAUGUCCAGUACUCUGCUGUGAGCAGCUUUGUGUUCUUGCGCUUCUUUGCUGUUGCCGUUUUAUCGCCACACUCUUACCAGCUCCGUUCACAUCAUCCUGAUCCCGACAUCUCUCGUACGCUCACUCUCAUCUCAAAAACCAUCCAGACUCUGGGCAGCUGGGGCAGUUUGUCCAAAAAAUUGUCUAGUUUCAAAGAAUCAUACAUGUAUGACUUCUUCAAAUCAUUCCAAGAAGAUAAGUGCAUUGAAAAAGUAAAAAAGUUUCUUGAUGAAAUAUCUUCGAAUGUCGGCAAAGAGUCGAGUGGCUUGGAAGAUGCCGUAGUUCUGAAGGAGGGGGAAGUACAGAAACGGGCGCAGGGGAGAAAACGCCUUGGCAAGAAAAACUUCAAAAAGCGAUGGCUUCGAGUGACAAACAGAGAGCUUUCCUAUCACAAACAUAAAGGGAAAGAGGCCGUCUGUAUCAUCAAUGUGAAAAAUAUCCAGGCAGUGGAGAAACUUGACGAAAGUGCCUUCAACCGGAAAAAUAUGUUUCAGGUAGUUCAUGCGGAGAAGCAGCUGUACGUGCAGGCAAGAAAUUGUGUGGAAGCCUGUGAGUGGCUGGAUGUCCUGGGCCAGGUCAGUCGCUGUAAUGAGGGCCGUUUGGCCAAUUUUCAUCCAUCCACCUACACCGGCGGCUCCUGGCAGUGCUGUAAAAGCCAAAGUAGCAGCUCGCCAGGCUGUAAACCCUGCACCAUCAACAUGCAGGCCAACCUGCAGCUGGACAUCGACUGUGAUCGGGAAACAGAAAGGAUUUUCUCUCUCCUCUCUGCUAAUGACACCAACUUGCAGAACAUGGAGGAUGCAUGUGCCAGUUUGGCAGUAUACCAGGGCCCUCAGCGAGAGCAGGAGGAGUACUCCAAGUUUACCAUUCAGGAACCCAAAGAGACCUUUCAGACGCUCAAACAGCUCCGAAACAUCAUGGUGGAGCUUCAGCGGCAACAUGAGAUGCGAAAUGACACCACGGCGCAGUACGGCAGUUUGGACAACCCAAUAGUGGGAAAAACCUCCUAGACGGGCGAGGCGUUUACACCAGCGAGAAGACGCCAGUGACACAAGUGAAUGUUCUUCGGGAGUCCCAAUGAAGGAAGCCAACACUUGUCCCGAAGAAGAAGAAGCUUUCACAUCUUUGACAUCCUAAACCCAGGAAGUUAACUUGUUCAUUCCUCCGAGCAGAACUAGAUGGACCCCCUUUUUUAUUUUACCGUCUUCAUGCCAUAUGUCAUACCCCCCGCCCCUACCCUCGCCUUGUAGUUCUUUUAUAAAGAGCUGCCUUCAUAGUUCAUGUCCACAGCUGUGUGAGUAGGCUGCUAUUUUAAUUUGUAUUCACUCAGUUUUAGAAGAAUGGCUGUGAGGAUGGACCAUCCUAAACACUAUGAUGGAAAAAGCCAAUCUGCCUUUCUUUGGAUGUUCUUUCGCAUGACAUGCUGAGGGAGUAAAUAAUGCAAAAGCACUUUAAAUAUUUCUCCAAAUGAGAAACCAAUUUCUAGAUACUUCGUGUAUCAGAGUUCCCCAUUUUGAUCAGUUACAUGAUCCCGAUUUUGUUUUCAACUCUGUAUAGUAACAUUUCUAGCUGGUUGAUUUUAUAUAUAUUUUAUUCUUGACCAAAGACAAUUUCAUAGCUUUGACUUGAAAAACAAAAUUAAUGUAUUUUGAAUACAACUAUUUUGAAAGUGGAACGAAAUGUAAGAUCUAUAUAUUUGUUUAAUAUGUAUGUUUUAAUAACAUAUGCUUUACUUUUUCAUUACCUGUGGCAGGCAGAUUGCAUGGAUAUAAUUUUUUUUUUUUUUUUUACCUGUUUGUGGCUCAUAUUGGUACGAGAGCACAAGUACAUCUUAACAGGUGACUACACAUGAUGAAGGAAAUCAAACUAUUUAUGAACAUGACCGCAAAAGAUCUCAGUAAUCAACGCAUUUCUUUUGGGCACCACUGGAAGAAUCUGUUCAUGGCACUGCUACAAAUUGACUGCCACAACAGACUAAAAUCCACAAAAGCAACCAAAUCGUGAUAUUUAAAAGCACAUAAUUUUUCUAAACCAAAAGGCUCAACUUCUUGAUAUCUUUUUAUACAGCAUUCUUCUAAUACAAUUUGUGUGAGCAGCAUCAGUGAGCCAUUCCAUCAUAUUCUCUUAUGGCCUAGUUUGAUUGAAAAUCACCUUUCUUGGUGGUGGUCCGUCAUUUCUUUCUAAUAUGUCUUUGACGUUUAAUGCAAAAAAAAAAGAUAUUUUAUGUCACCCACUCCUCCUUUUUUAUGCUAUUGAUGUUCUGCUAGUACAACGCCUUUUCAACUCUUUUUGCAGGCUGUGUUUUCCAGAUUUAAAGAGAAAACCUGACUAUUGAGACCAUAACAUUUCAAUCUCAGCCACACUGUAUUAAUGCACAUUGAUGCUUCUGUAGUUUUAAGAAGGGAACCGUUAUCUAGUGGCUGGUCUCCUUGUGUGCGAUAGUGAAACGUGAAAUUGUGCAUUUCUGUUGUGUUCCUGUCAGUCCAUAUUAGGUACAGUAUGAUUUGAUUAAAAUAACAUGCCUGUCACUUUCCUCUUAAGGUCAGUCUGUGGAUGAAAACAUGGCAGCUGUCAUUUUUGCCAUGUGCAUAAGAAUAUUAAAAGGGAAAAAAACCUAUAAACUGCCAAAAUAAAUCCAGAUGGCACUAACGUCCAUAUCUGUUGUAUGUUUUGUGUUCCAGAGAGACAAAACAAAGUCCUCUUGCAUUUGUGACAGAACCAAAAAUAAUAAUAAUUUUAAAGCACGUUGCUGUGAAUUGAAAGAUUACUGCUAUUAAAUACGUACAUUUUUUUCUGUGCCAUUUGGCGUUUGUUGGGAUGUAGGUCACUUCUCAAGGUACAGGGCGUUGCUUCUGAAUGUCUCCAUAAAUGUCCUUUUUACACACAAAUGUUUUAUUUUCUAUACUUGGUAUUUUUGUGUCAGUUUAAAUAAAUGUAAAAUAAACAUUCUGCCAAAGCC